AUGUCUCGGGAGACGAGUGAGAGUGGGUCGGAUAGGGGUAGCAUGAAUUUUGGGGCGUUGGAAGAGGCCUGGCAUCAGUUGGGUGACAGACCAAUGAUAGGGAUAGGGGCCGAGGAAAAGCCGUCGGUGGUUGAGGUGAUGAGUUCUGACGAAAGGUCUGAGGGGGAACAGACCGAGGGUGGUGAUCAAGGUGCCGAGGUAGGGCAGCACGAGGCUGGGGCGGCCGCGGAGGAAGAGGCCGAGGACCCAGACUUUGCUUGGAUAGAUCUGGACGGUGUGCCCGUAAGGGUGAGCGUCGCUCGAAGUGUGGGGGGUGCGUCGUGCUCAUACUGGCGAGGGCUGCCCAUGCACCCAUACUACUACGAAGAGGGGGAGUGGUCGGCAGAUACGGUGCCGACGCGAAUGACGCACGAGCUACUGGAGAGGAUCAGGCGGGAGUAUAGCGUGCCGAGAGAUGUGGUAUUCGCGCUGCCGCAAGCGGACAACCGGCCAAGCCGACCGCCCCAGGGGUGGGUGACCUUGUACUAG